UUUUGUCAAGCAUUCUGAAAAGUACUCUGUGAUUUUGUAAUUUGUAUUUCAAACACGCGCUUUAAGUUAAUUUUUUCUUUUUCCGUAAAACUUUAAUUAAAAAUGAAUCCUAAAGCUGUUUUUAAGUAUUGUAAACAUUUAGGUUGCUGCGACGCAUGCUGCCUUCGAUACAUAGGCAUCAAAAAUCCAAACGCGUACGAGAACGUGGCCAAUUUUGUGAUCAAAUAUCAAGAUAAUGAAGACACUAAACUAUUAAAAACAGUAGAACAAAAUCAAACCACUCCUACAAAUAGUAAAGACACAAAAGAAAACAUAUUAGAUGUAAGCAAAAGUGACAAUCAGAAUCUAAAUGGUGAUACAUUAGAUGUGGAUGGUAAAGAUAUAAGUGAUGAAGUGGACAGGAACUCACCGCCUUGCAAGAAAAGGAGGUUGGAUGUUUGUGUCAGUUGCCUGAGCAUACUGCAGCAAGAUAACUGGAUGGAGGGCUAUGUUUUGGUCAAAGAUGUCCUUUUUAAAAAGAGAUAUGAGUGUAAAACCUUUGCCUGUGCGCUUUCUGCCCCGAUAGCAACGUUGCUGCGUGAAAGAGCCAUCACACUACGUCUUGCUGAGGAGUUCCCAGGAUAUGAUGAUAAGACACUAACAGCACUGAAAGAAGCAUGGAAAUGGUCGUUUGGAGUGAAACUCGCGGCUGAAAUCAACAAGACUUUGGACUCUGGUGCGAUCUCGCCACUCUUGAUCACCCUCAACUAUGACUACGCUGACGACUUGCAGGAAUUGGAGAUUCUCAAACAAGUGUCACCACAACUAUUCGAAGAGCGCAGCAAACAGAAGAGACGGUUCGUUACGGAAUUUACGAGAAGAUCUGUGGAACAGGCGCUAGAGAGCGCAAGUUUGGCGUCGCUGCAGGCGGCGGGCGGCGGGUUGCCCGCAGUGGGCGUGCGGGCGAUGUGCAUCGGCGCCGUAUGCACGCACGCUCCCAUGUACCUCGCUGGCAGGUACAUAAAACUGAGUCGCAACUUACCGCAGUCGCCGUGGAUACUGGACGGGAAAAGAGUCCUACCGUCUUCCGUCCAAGAAAUCAUAUACAAGCCCCUAGCGGACUUUUACAAUUUGGAGGGCGAGGAAGCGGAGCGCAGGCUCAAACUGAUCGCGGCCGGGAGAGAGGACGUGGACGUGCGCUGCCUCGGCGAGGGAAGGCCCUUUGCUAUCGAGAUCACGGAUCCCACGAGACAGUUGACUCCGGAAGAGCUCGCAAAAGCCUGUGAAGAAAUUUCUAAAAGUGGAGAGGUCAUAGUGAAGCAAAUUGUCCCCAUUACAAGAGAGGAUUUGGUCCAGCUGAAGAAAGGGGAAGAGACCAAGAGCAAAACCUACGAAGCGCUUUGUAUAAAGCUUUCUCACUCCAUAUACGAUGACGUAUCCCCAGACAGUCCUAUAAAAGUAACACCAGAAGACAUAGCAAGGAUCAAUUCCUUCCGGAACACUCCUCAAAACACAACACAAAACUCGAACCCUGAACAAGUCACCACUAAAAAUGCUCGAGAAUCUUCCAAACCCAUUUGCAAGACAUCUAAAAAUAUUAUGGACAUAGUAGAUAAUCUGAAAUUAUCUAAAAACGUUCUAAAAUUGGAGAGUACAGAUAAUAAUAUAUCUAUGGCUACUUGUCAAAAUGUUUUGGACACAUGUAAUGCUGUCCAAAAGGGUGAAAAUCCGAACAAAUCCGAAAUUGUCAAAGACAUUAAAAUGAACACAUCUAUGAACAUUCCAGAUGUAGGAAAUCGAAAUUCCAAAGACACCAGUGUAGACAUUCUAAACAAAUCGAAUGGUGUCUUAGAAAAUGAAAAUAUAGAUAAUUCAGAAGGUGUUAAGGAUACAGACAUGGAAACAUCUGUAAAACUUGCAGAUGCUAAAACUUUAGACACCAACGAAAAAGUUGUGGACAAUGGUGCCCAAAAAGAAAAUCUAGUUAGUACUGAAAAUAUGAACGAUAUGGAAGAUGUGUUGGACACAACCGAUGAAGGCACGGAGUCCGAUAUCCUGGACAGUCCUGGAGAGGUCAAGAUCACCAUCCAGCAGAAAACACCUAUAAGAGUGCUGCAUAGACGGCCCUUACUUACAAGAACCAGGCAGAUACUUGAGUUAAAGGCUGUAGCGGUACCUGAUCACCCGCAACUGUUCCGCAUCUUCGUGCGCACGUCAGCGGGUACGUACGUAAAGGAGUGGGCGCACGGCGAGCUGGGCCGCUCGCGCCCAGCGCUGGGCGACGCCGUGGGCGCCAGGGUGGACAUGCUCGCGCUGGACGUCACUGCGGUACACUUGACUUGGCCGCCGAGAUAAUAAACUGUUCACUAACUAUUAAACU